AUGCCGACCAGCAAUGCGUCCCUUUUCGCCCGGCUGAAGAGGAGGUCGGACGAGACCGGCGAGGCUAUGCCCAAGCCCCGCAAGAAGAAACAGCUGGAGUCAGCCGAGAAGAGGCUAGCUGAGGCGGAGGCCGCGCUAGCGGAAGCUGUAGCACGGAGGGAGGCCACAGAGGUAGGUCGGCGAUCCAUCGUUGACGAACUCGAAGAGGAGAGAGCUGCACACUCCUUGACGAGAUCAGCGUUGCGUGCCUCCGAGGCGCGCUUGGCCGAGGCCCGUUCCGAAGCCGCCGGCUAUAAGUAUGAGGGCGGGGUCCUCCGCCUAAAAAUUGAGCAGCUCGAGGCCCGGGAGAAGAAGGCACUCGAGCGGGCGGAGAAUGCCGUGGAGCUCUUCAAGGAGUCUGAAGAGUUCCGCGACAUGCUGGAGGAGGAAACCGUGGACGGGUUCCUCUGGGGCUUCGAGAACUUUCGAAGACAAAUGCAUCGAUAUUGCCCCCAGCUCGACCUUUCGGAAAUCCGUCUGAGGAUGGGCCUGAGUGAUGGGAACGAGGACGAGGUUCCCGCAAUUAUCGUGGCCGAGGAGGAGCUCGCCGAGAUCGAAGCCAGCAUGGCCGAUCAGAAGACAUCAGGGGCUCCCCCCGAGGUCGCCGAGGAGGCUCACGGGGCUACUGACGAGGCCCUGACCGAGAUCGCCGAGGGGGCUCAUGGGGCUACUGACGAGGCCUCGACCGAGGUCGCCGCAGAGGGUUCAGAGCCAGCGCCCGCGGAAGGCCCUCAGGUCAUCGCAAUCGACGACCUCGAGGGUGAUGCUGGUGCAGCCGCCGUUCCUUAG